UAGUCUUAAAUCGGAAGGGAGCUGCUUCUCUGUGGUCUUGACAAGCGCCGCCUGGGCUCUGCCGGUUCAGUAAUAACUGAGUGACCUUUUCUUUGGCUGUAUUGUGUCUGGCUGGGAAGGGAUUGCAUUUUGCAGCUGAGAGCCGGGGCUUCCUUCAGCUCGGUUUCUCGCAAGCUGCUGGGGUAAGUUGUCUUCAGCCAGGACGGAGAGACAGCCUCGGACUGCAGUUGCCUAAAAGGAGGACACCUGUGGCUCAGAUGCAGUCAACACCAUUACUUGGCGGAUCCUUGAGGACCUCAUUAUUUUAAACUUAAAAAAUAGAGACUCCCUCCCCCCCCCUUUUUUUUUUCAAACAAUGCUUCUUUUUGACCUUUCCCAAGGAGAAGCGCUACAAAGCAGCCACUGUGCUUACUGAACGGCCUCCCCCUGUAUCGCUUAAUUGAGAAGGUAUACAAAUGCUCUCAGUCCAGCCAGACACCAAGCCGAAAGGUUGUGCUGGCUGCAACCGAAAGAUCAAGGACCGAUAUCUUCUAAAGGCACUGGACAAAUACUGGCAUGAAGACUGCUUGAAGUGUGCCUGCUGCGACUGUCGUUUGGGAGAAGUGGGCUCCACCCUGUACACUAAAGCUAAUCUCAUCCUUUGUCGCAGAGACUAUCUGAGGCUCUUCGGUGUAACGGGAAACUGUGCUGCCUGUAGCAAGCUCAUCCCUGCCUUUGAGAUGGUGAUGCGAGCCAAGGACAAUGUUUACCACCUGGACUGUUUUGCAUGUCAGCUUUGUAAUCAGAGAUUUUGUGUUGGAGACAAAUUUUUCCUAAAGAAUAACAUGAUCCUUUGCCAGACGGACUACGAGGAAGGUUUAAUGAAAGAAGGUUAUGCACCCCAGGUUCGCUGAUCUAUCAACAUCACCCCAUUAAGAAUGCAAAGCACUACAUUCUUUUAUCUUUUUUGCUCCACAUGUAUAUAAGAAUUGACACAGGAGCCUACUGAAUAGCGUAGAUAUAGGAAAACAGGAUGGUUAUAUGGAAUAAAAGGCGGACUGUAUCUAUAUGUAGUGAAAUUGCCCCAGUUCAGAGUUGAAUGUUUAUUAUUAAAAAAAAAAAAAAGUAAUGUACAUAUUGCUGGAUUUUUUUGCUUGCUAUUCGUUUUUGUGUCACUUGGCAUGAGAUGUUUAUUUUGGACUAUUGUAUAUAAUGUAUUGUAAUAUUUGAAGCACAAAUGUAAUACAGUUUUAUUGUGUUACCAUUUGUGUUCUGUUUGCUUCUUUGUAUUGUUGCAUUUAGUACAAUCAGUGUUUAAACUUACUGUAUAUUUACGCUUUCUGUAUCUACCAGCAAUUUUAAAUGAGCUGUACCUUUCUAGUAAAGAACUGAAGAGCAAGUCUCAAUGAUACACAUAUAGAUAAAGCAAGUCUAUCAACAUUAAAAAUACUAAAAAAUAAAGACAUACACAAAGCAUUUUCGCAACAUCCAUUACUUACUGCCAUUAUGAUUUUAAAAGUCUAUCAGUGUUCUCAUUAUGGCCCCCUAUUUUCAGGGGGUUAAUGAUCAGCUUUAAAAAAAAAUGCAUAAAAGUUUCAUCUCAAAGAACUUUCAUUUUAUACCAACAUGAAAAGAGCCAUUUUUAGAAUAACUUUAAAGCUUAACAGUUAUCCUUACCUACACAAUGGCGUUGGUUUUUGUUUUUCUUUUUGUUUUGGGGGGGUUGUUUUUUCCUUCAGCCAUUCACCCCUUAUGUGAACUAGUGCCUUUGGGUAUCAUGUAAAAAUUUUCCAAAGGGUUACUUUAAAAAAUAUUCCAACAAUUGUGAGAAAACUUUCAUGAUAAAUUUGUAUGAAUUUUGCCCAGGUCUCUCCACAGGAGCUAAAGGUUUAAUAACUUUGACAAUAAAUUUAUGGCACUAAAAAGAUUUGAAUGUGAAUCUCCUGAAACCACACCAUGUUAAUGGGCAGUGAAGCUAUGAUCAUAUUUGAACAGUGAGGUUAUUUUUGGUCAGAGCAACAGAACUCCCUUAGAAUCUACUAGAAGAGAAACAAAGGGAUUGACUUAAAAAAACAAAACAAAACUGAGAACCGAUUAUCUAUUUUUCCGUAGUUACCUGCUGUUUCAUUUAAUGUUCAAAAAGUUUAAUGUGUCUUACUCUCUCACUGCUUUCUUUAAGUAAUUACCCACUCAGAAUAUAUCACGCUUAGGCUGAAAUCUGCCAUUUCAUUUUUUAAAGGUGAAAUAUUAUUCCUUUACCUACAUAUAUCUGAUAAAAUCUUUCUAGAAACAAAUUAUGGAGAAUGACUAUUUAAAUUACAAUUAAGGAAAUAAAAAUGAAAAUAUGAUCCCCUCUUUUUGGCUGUUCACAUUUUGCGCCUCUGUUUCUGUUCCCUGUAAUCAGAACUACUUUUUGACAAAUCUAAUUCCACACAGACUUGAGGAAGCAUACUUUACUGCAGCAAAUUGAGUGCUGUGAAUUUUUUCUUUAUUUCUUCUUGAUCACUUAUAUAGGAAACAAUAUUUCCCACUGUUAUUUGCAUACAUGCAGGCAUUACAGAUGAAGAUUAAAUGUUAUACCUGAAUUUUUGGUCUGGGGCCAAAGUAUAAGCUGAAAAUAAUGGUGGUGUGGAUUUGAGUUGUUUUAAAACAUAGCUUUAUUAUAAACAUGCAUGUGAAUCUGGUAUUGCCUUGAAUUUUAAGAAAAUGAUUCUGUGAAAAUAAGUACUUUUACAAAUGCUUCAUGGUUAGAGUGUUCAAGUCACGUCCCCCAAAUUUGAGAUAUGCUGAAGAAAAAAUUUCAGAAACAGCUAUUUAGGGCCCACAAAAUAACCAUUAAUUUAGUCUUAGAGCCUUACCUUUAUUUCAUGAAAACAAAAGACUUUCAUAGCAGAAAAGAAAAACAAAGGGCGUAGUAAGAAAGAAGUAGUUUUCAUAAAGCAGCCCUGCUAGUCCCCAAUGAAAGCUGUUUAAAAUUCAUGUAGAUGUAAAGUUUUAAUUGUCAGUAAAUUUUUCAAAUGAUUUUUUGGAAUUUAAUGAUUUUGCAUACAUUUAUCAAUAGGUCAAAAUACUUGUAAAUUGGGCACAAACUUCUUACAGCCUCUUGAAGCUGUUCAACUAUCCUUGCCACCCAAAACCAAAACUAGGUUUUUGCAGUUUUCUUUUUGCUUAAUCCUUCCAGAAUUAAUUCUUAUACUUUUUUACUACAAACAAAAUUACUCAUCUGGAUUAAAGAUUAAGGCCUUAAUCUUCUUAGAUUAUCUUUAAUCUCCAUGAAAUUAUGAAACAGGAAUAAUUUUUCAGCUGUAGGUCAGUUUACAGGUAAUUGCCCAUAAAUAGUAGCAUUUUUGACCUGAAGCACUAUGCUAAUUGUCUGGACUACUCAAAGUCCCUGAAUUGUUGUCAGCUUUCCUCUUUGUGUUGUGUAGCCCUGACAUCACUUAGCUUAUUAUCUGAUGUCUACAGUAGAACACUCCUAUGAGCUCUGAUUUCUCAAGCAGUGAAAGCUUCCCUUCCUGACAUGCAUCACACAUAGACUGCCUGUGAGGAAGGAUGAGUGCUGGCUGAGUUUAAAAGCCGACCUGUGUUUGUAAUUUCACUUUCAUCUUGCUUAAUAAAUAUCUGCUGGAUUCUUUCAUUCAUUUUUUAUAUUUGGAUUUAUGUUUUUAAUAAAAGAGGUAUUCUAGUG